AUGAAGAGGUAUUUUCUCAUUGAUGAAUCUACUGGGAGGAUCAUGCGGCUGCUAACUGGGGAAAACAUCAUCCGUCGUGGAGCAGAAAUAGCAGUCAAGGGUGCAAACGUUGUUUGUGUCGGCACCACAUGCAUCAACGUGAGCCGUACGCACGCCAUCAUCAAACUAUGCGAAAAUGGGGAGGCGUGGCUACGCGAUUGCGAAAGCACUAACGGAACUUUCCUUCACUCCGACACGGGUGUGAGUGUACGCUUGGAGCCGGGGUUUUUCUACCAGUUGAAGCGCGGUAACCAUGUUACUUUUGGUGACUUGAAAUUGCGCUUUGAAUGGGACGUUAUUGCCGUUUGCGGGGGAAGAGUUCCCGUCUACGACUCAAAUGCAAACCUAAUGGAUUCAUCACAGGGUUCUGGGAUGAAUGGGGCCAGCAACGAUUUGCUUCGUCUUGAAGGAACCGUGUGCUCAUCCAUUUGUGCUUCUUGUUCCCUUGCGGGAACGGAUGCAACACCCCCGCUGCCGGUGACUCUGACCGCCGCAUCGGAUGAAAAAACUUGCGCUGUUGUUUCUGUGCAAUUGGAUUGCGGCGUGCUGUGCAAACCUCUUUGCGAACUUGAAAAUGUGGUUCCGUAUCUUUCGGAGAGUACUGGCGCCGGGAGGAAACGAUCCCGCUCCGUUAUUAAAAACACCACUGACAGGUUAUCUAAGGUUAAGAGCUUGCCUUCCUCAGCUACGGUUAAAAGUGAAACUACCGCAAGAGGUAGCCGCCUAAAACCCAAGAGUAAAUCGAAGGGUCGAGUGAAAGUUUGCUUUUCAGGGAUGUGUGGAGAAGCGACGCUGGCGGCUAAGUUCCUUGCGAAGAAGCAUUGCUGGUCUAUUGUGGAUAAUGUUUGCAUGGCAGAUCUUCUUAUAAUCAAUCACCCACCCGUACGAACACCCAAAUUUAUCAUUGCCGUUGCCCGCGGCAUACCGGUUGUUACGGAGGAAUUUUUCGCAUGUGGGGAUAUGCGACAGGUGAGGCAGUUUGCGCCGUCGCUAGUUCACAACAACUGCACCUACGAUGCUGGGCGCCUCUUCCAAGUCAUUACUUCAAACGUCGGAAAGCCCGCCCUACUGGGGAGGCGUUUCUCUCUGGAAAAAGUUCCACCAGCGUGGCGCCGUACUGCCAGGAAUAUAUUGACCGGCUGUGGAGCGGUUGUUUUCACCAAAGGAACCAAAAGCAAAUCUGUAAUCUCAUUGACGGGAGCAACUCUGACAGCACUGUAUGAUGACAUUUUGCGCGGUAAAGUUCCAGCUUAA